CAACAGAUAUAAAAUGAUGCGCUUUAGACAUCUCAAUGUCUAAGUUUCAUCUGGAUUGUUAAAUGGGCCUGCUUUAUUGAACACUAUUUGCAACUGGAGCUGAAACUUCAUAUAGUUGAUUUGCGAUUUGAUAAACACAGGAUCUACCGCUCAGGAAACUUGGAUUUAUUCAUCUAUUCACCGCCAGCAGAUUUUCUCUAWAAAACUUCACCACCUUUGAAGCAGAAGGAAAUUUAUAGUUAUUUUCGCAACGAUUCACUACGCGAUAACUAAAGGUUUUCGAACUGACUAUACGGCAUAUUGGUGUAGGCCAAGUACUUUUAAAAUGAGUCAAAAUGGAGGGGUUCCUUUCAACGUCCGCUACAACGAAACAGCACCCAACGAAACUACAAACGAACCAUCAMUCGACAAUCUAUCUAAAGAUGGCAUCAUUUCUUUAAUAACUAUAAACGUUGCAAGCUCUCUUUCAAGCUGCGUGCUGAACUUCUUGAUCAUCUUGACUUUUGUGAAGACGYCAUCUUUGCGAACACCUUCGAAUAUUCUUAUUCUUGCUCUAGCUAUCAYUGACUUUGGUGUUGGKGCCGUAUCGCAGCCAGUCUUUUGCGUGCGGUUAUUUUCCUACCUUCCUAAUGUUAAAAGUCUUUUYGAUAAUAUUGAAAACACAUCGAGSGCGAUUAACGUGGYAUUUAUYASUGCAUCGUUYUUGACAAUMACCGCCAUYACUGUCGAUCGAUUCCUUGCCAUUCACUUACAUCUAAGAUACCAAGAGUUCGUCACAACAAAGCGRACUUGGAUCGUCGUCAUUGUKAUCAUGGYAUCGAGCACAGCUAUCUCAUUUCUUUUCUCUCUACGCCAUUCUGUUAUUAAAGGCAUGUAUAUAGUUCUUGUGUUUUCUCUGCUUCUUAUAAAUAUAUUUUUGAUGGUGAGAAUUUCACGUACUAUAAACAAACAUUCGGCGCAGAUUCAGCAACAAUUCCAAGCUACAGACUGUGCAAAUAUUGAUCUCCCAAGAUUUAAAAAAUCAGUCAACACAAUGUACUUCAUCAUUGGACCAUUUCUUCUCUGCUACAUCCCACAGCUAUGUAAUGGCAUUAUAUAUCGAGCUACACACGGAGAAAGCCCAUCCUUGAUGGUAUUUUUCUCAACCUCCACGUUACUGUUCAUAAAUAGUUCUUUAAAUCCGAUUAUUUAUUGUUGGAGAAUACAAGAAAUGCGAAAGGCUGUUGCGAAACUGUUUGAAGGUUGUCCAUGUCAACGCCAAGAACUUUAGUAYAUCUAAAUUCAGUGUUUUUUAGUUUUUGCUUUACUUGUUUUCUAUUUUGAUGUUGUUGUUGUUGUUGUUGUUUUAUUUUGUUUGUAUUUUUUUUAUAGCACUUUCGGCUUUCGGUCUCAAUAUUCAAUAUUUAGUAAAAAGCGCGAAAAUGUACUAGCCAAAAUAAUGCUAGAUAGCUCCUAGUAGAGAUCAGACAAGAUGAAAUAAAGGAAUCCGAUUAAUUUAAACCGCAAAAUUUAGCACCUAUUUUCAUAUGUAAUUAUAUAUCCAAUUUGUGAUCCUAAAUAAGUACCUGAGACCAAUUAUUUUAUUCACUAGCCAGUUAGUAAAAUAUGUGGAUAUAUCAUUAAAAGGUAAUAG